GGGGCUUGUCUCUGGUCCCCGCCCACAGUAGGGGGAGCGCUCAGCUACUGUAUCCGUGUGAGUGCUGCUGUUCCCCGGCCAGCCUCCCUGCUGUGACUCGCUGUGAUUUCCUCUCCUCCUCUCCUCGUCUCCUCCUCCCUCCUCCCUCUCUCUCUCUCUCUCUCUCUCUCUCUCUCCGGGUAAAGAUGGAGCUCCGGUCGGUCCUCCCGGGUCUGCUGGUCCUCUCGGCCGCCUGCCUGCUGCUGGAGUCCGGGGCCGCUUCACGGACUGGACCUAGAGUCACGGAGAAGGUGUUUUUUGACAUCACGGUUGCCGGUCACGAGGUCGGACGGAUCGUCAUCGGCCUUUUUGGGGAGGUCGUACCGCUCACUGUCAAUAACUUUGUCGCCCUGGCAACGGGAGAGAAAGGUUACGGCUACAAAGGGACAAAGUUUCACCGAGUCAUCAAAGACUUCAUGAUCCAGGGAGGAGACUUCACAGCUGGAGAUGGAACCGGAGGUCACAGCAUCUACGGGACAACCUUUGCAGAUGAAAACUUCAAACUGAAGCACUUAGGAGCCGGCUGGGUGAGCAUGGCGAACGCCGGUCCGGACACAAACGGGUCCCAGUUCUUCAUCCUGGCGACCAAAGCUCCGUGGCUGGACGGGAAACACGUGGUGUUCGGUAAAGUCCUGGACGGGAUGGCUGUGGUUCACACCAUCGAGCUCCAGGACACCAACGACAGGAACCUGCCGUACACCGAGUGUGUGGUCGUCAACAGCGGCAGGAUCCCCGUCAAGGAGCCCUUCAUAGUGGAGGUGGAGGGCUGGUAAAAGACUCCAAUACUGUAGAACAAAAAACAACAUGUUGUUCUUUCAUACUGGAGAUCAAUCAGAAGCCCAGUUUACAUUUUACACUUUCAUAUUAAUACCUUUGCAUGUCCAUGUGGCGACACUAACGAGCAAGAAGGGCUGAGAAAUCUUUAAAAACACUCAGUUCAGAGUCGAUAGCAUGAACUGUUUAUGAGAAGUGGACGUAGCCGAACACGACACGAAGCUUUACUUUCUGGACUUUUGUUUUAAACUCUUGAGUUCGGCAUUAGGAGAGUCGCCAUCUUGUUUCUGGAGUCAUAAGACGCCAUAUUUGGACCAGAGGGUGGAGCAGGGGACUUAAAGUAAUCAGCUAAUGCUAAUAUCAUUUAAGGUAACAAUAACAGGAAGUAGAGACCUCAUAGCGACUUGUGGUGCUGCCCCCUGCUGGUCACAAGAUGAAAACACAGGCUGAAGGCUUCACUUUUGGUUACCAGAAACACAAGGCUACGCCCACUUUUUAUUUACAGUGUAUGAUGUUUACAUUAAUGCUAACAGUGACAUGUUGCAAGGGCUAAAUGUUACAUGCUAAAGCAUAGCGUGUGUACAUAUCGUUUGUAACAUGCUAGCAAGACUUCUGAUUGAUUUCUGCUGUAUGCAGAUGAUAACAUAGUUUCAUUAAUAUUCCACUGAAUGAUGUCCAACAGUCUCUGAAGGAGGGACCGUUUUAUCUACAACUCUUCCACUUGUAGCCCAGACCACAUGGUGACUGUAAUACACAGUUACAUGCAUCACUGUCAUCAACAAAAAAAACGUAUUAUCUACCUAACUUAAUAUUUCUAACGCCUGCAAGAAUGCCACUUUAAUAACAAAGGUUCAUUUGAGAAAACGUAGCAAGUUUACAAACUCCCACAUUUUGCUUGUUAAGCCUUUUUAAUGACUCAUGAGACUGAUGGAAAGAUGUCAGGGUAAUUGGUUAUAGUUACACUAAUAAAAACAUAUCACUCAAUGCAAAAAAAAACACACACGCAAGGGAACAUUUUGAAGUGUGGAAAUAUGAUACGCGGCUCAUGUUAGAUAUUUUGGAUCAAUUUGUAGCAAAAUGAUGUUUAUUUGUGAUUAUUACACUCAAAGUUACUGUAUUAUACUCAUAUCAAGCUUUAUAUCUUACUUUAUGAAACUUCUGUUGGAGCUUUGCAUGAUUUAAAAUCCAAAAUAGUCAUUUUUAUCUCCUCAAAGUGUCUGAGACUCCUCGGUUCAGCCCAGUGUUGCCAACUCCUCAGUAAGGAUGGAGCUAUAGGCUGUCCUAACAGGCCCUAGAAGUUCUUCUGUCAGUUCUUGUUUUGGUUUGGGACCGGCUAAAGUGACCCAGAAGAGACCCUCUGGCUUACUUUGGGUUUCUUUUUAUAAAUAUAUUUAAUUUUAAAAGAAUAUUGAGUUCGAUGAGAAGAGUAAGAACGAUUGAUGUUUUCAGUCUCCAAAAGUUUCCAGUAACACCAGAAGAAGUCGCUAGAUUUUGUUGCUAGUCGUUUUUUUGAAAAAGAGUCGCUAGAGGGUUCUGAAAGCUAGCUUAAUACAGCGGCAAAGACGGGAAGUAAAUUGGCGAUAUUGGUCCAGCCUCUGUCUGACACAAAGACUGUAUAUAAAAUGGACGUCAUCUCGCUCGGCUUGAAGUGAGGCCGCCACAAAAACUGCUCCCCCUAGUGGCUGGCUGCAGUAUAGGUCAAAAACUCUGUCUCCUGCGGUCAAACUUUAAAAAAUAAAUCCACGUUGUACGAAUGUUUCUCCCCUCCGUAUGCUGUGGUGAUAUGUAGUUAGUAUUUGACUGUGUUGUGUUCAAGGCCUCUUUUUUCUGAACAGUUUCUUCUUCGUUAGUUAUAAGAGGUUAAGAAACGGGGUUUUACUUCCUGUUUACUUUGAUUGACAGCUGCUGUAGAGGGAAACUCUUGUUUAACCUCGGGACGCUACGCUGUAAGGCGGAGCUUGUUACCCUGGAAACACACAAAUUCCCUACUGCAGAAAAUGUACAAGAUGUCAGCGCUCUGACACUGUCCAUUAUACUUACAGUCUACGGUUGAGAAGAGUAAGAACGAUACUUGCUUUCAGGUCAGUCUCCAAAAGUCUCCAAUAACACCAGAAGAAGUCGCUAGAUUUUGUCGCUAGUCGCUUACUUGAAAAAGAGUCGCUAGAGGGUUCUGAAAGCUAGCUUAAUACAUCGGCAAAGACAGGAAGUAAAUUGGCGAUAUUGGUCCAGCCUCUGUCUGACACAAAGACUGUAUAUAAAAUGGACGUCAUCUCGCUCGGCUUGAAGUGAGGCCGCCACAAAAACUGCUCCUCCUAGUGGCUGGCUGCAGUAUAGGUGAAAAACUCUGUCUCCUGCGGUCCAACUUUAAAAAAUAAAUCCACGUUGUACGAAUGUUUCUCCCCUCCGUAUGCUGUGGUGAUAUGUAGUUAGUAUUUGACUGUGUUGUGUUCAAGGCCUCUUUUUCCUGAAAAGUUUCUUCUUCGUUAGUUAUUAGAGGUUAAAAAACUAGGUUUUACUUCCUGUUUACUUUGAUUGACAGCUGCUGUAGAUGGAAACUCUGUUUAACCUCGGGACGCUACGCUGUAAGGCGGAGCUUGUUACCCUGGAAACACACAAAUUCCCUACUGCAGAAAAUGUAAAAGAUGUCAGCGCUCUGACACUGUCCAUUAUAUUUACAGUCUACGGUUGAGAAGAGUAAGAACGAUACUUGCUUUCAGGUCAGUCUCCAAAAGUCUCCAAUAACACCAGAAGAAGUCGCUAGAUUUUGUCGCUAGUCGCCCACUUGAAAAAGAGUCGCUAGAGGGGUCUGAAAGCUAGCUUAAUACAGCGACAAAGACGCUAAGUAAGUUGGCAACACUGGUCCAGCCUCUGUCUGACACAGGAGAUUUCAGGUACUGUCUCUUUAAGGCCCCUCCCCCUCUCUCCGAACCCGUCAUCAAAGGAACGGAAUCUUUAAAAGUGUCUUUGUGACAUCACAGAACUCCGUCCCACAGUUAGACCAUAGACUGUAUAAAUAUGGACGUAGUAUCCUUGACGUCACCCGUCUGUUCCUGGGCGCUGUUUUGAAGCCAAUCGACGGCGGCAGCCAUAUUGGAAAUGCGGAACUCAACCAGGCAAAGUGUGACGUAAAGGGGGCGGAGUUUGAGCCUCUUAGCUAACAGCUCUGUGUUCCCGACCGGGAGUCAAGUCAGUCAUGUCCUUAUUUGGGCAAAAACUCAUAAUCUUAAUAUCUUCUGAACCGCAUGGGCUUCAUAGUUUGAGACCGGAGAUUGCCGCUUGGUCUGACAGGAGAUUUCAGGUACUGUCUCUUUAAGGCCCCUCCCCCUCUCUCCGGAACCCCGUCAUCAAAGGAACGGAGCCUGUCUUUGUGACAUCACAGAACUCAAUCCCACAGUUAGACGUCACUGUGUUCAGUAUUCAUCAGGUUCACUGUUGUUCGUUACGUUAGCAUUCUUACAUACUUAGCGGGUGUUGCCAGUUAGCAUCAUCCCUAAAAGUCCGACUUUAUACUGAACUGUAGCUCGGACGUGUUUCAUGAAGACAGAACUGUGUAGCUCCUCCUCAUGGUGCAACGAUCACACUGUGUUUGCCAAAUUUUCUUGCACUUUCUAUGCAUCUCGCCAUGAAGUAAGUCAGAACAAACAUUAUGCAAACAACUUACAAACCCUGUAGCAAGUGUCAAAUGCUAUCGUAGCACUUUAAUAUUUAUCUGUAUCAUUGAAAUUUCCCUCAUUCCUGUCCUGAUAUCUCCUCCUGCUGCGUUAUGCACCGUAUCAUGUUUGCAAAAACUACAGCACAAAUUUGCAGAGGAGGGAAAUGUUAAAAAGUGGUUCUUGAUAUUAUAUUUAAAUUGUCCCUUAAAGGUGUUCUGUGAUACUGUAUGUAGCUUUGGUUGUUUAUGCUGACUGACACACAGUCAGAGAUGUCACUCUGUCUGUCUGAACUUUAAACACUGUUUCCGUGAUGUCAGUUAAACUCUGCAGUUACGACCGAUAUUCCUCAUGCCACUGAAUAAUGCAGCAUCGCUAACAAACAUAUCAGAUGUUUUCUUUUUCAUUAACUAUGAAAACAGCAGAAGAAGAGUGCCAACAGUUGUAUUUUCUACAAUAAAUAAUAUGCUGUUGAUCAAUGA